AUUCUCCCGUUUCACUCCGAACUCAACGGUCACUAGCCCUUUUCAAAAACAUGAACCCUAAUACCCCCAAAUCCAAAAAACCAUAAACUUGACCGUUUAUCUGCUUUUCUUUUUCUCAUUCCGUCUAUGGAGACCCUUUAACAAUUCGAUUCCUCAAACACCCAUUAGAAGGCGGACGAACCCCCUUCAAAUCUCUGUAAAUUAAGAACAGAGAGACUCAGUGUCGAUCUGUAAUGGGUUGUUUUAUUGGGUGUUUCGGUGGUUCUUCCAGGGAUCAGAAACGUAAAAGACAGAGGUACAAGGUGAUUCUUCGAGAUCAAAAACCUAAAAUUGAAAACCCUGUGAAAGCUGAUGCAUCUUUGGGACAAAGCAUCAUAGAGAGUCCCUCGAAUUUAUUUCCAGAAUCAAGAGAAAAGACGGAGGUCCCAUUGAGGUUGAAGAGAAGGAAAAAGGUUACGUUUGAUACAAAUGUGACAACCUACGAGCAUAUUGAAGUGUAUGAUAGUACUGAAUCUUUAUUGGAAAAUAACGAAAAAAGUGAAACUUUUCCUAAAUCAACCCAAAACGUCAAAGAUGAUUCAGUUGUGUCAAACAUACCAAACUAUAGGUAUGGGAAUUGCCUUGAAAGUGAUGAUGAAUUUGAAGAUUUAGAUCAUGAAGAAUAUGAUUUGGAUGGCGAUGAUGAUGAUUUGGAUGAUGAUGAUGAUGAUGAUGAUUUGGAUGAUGAAGAACAUUAUGAUGAUAAUAAUGAGGACAUGAAGGUACAAAAUAGGAAUGGUUAUGUUCUUUCUGUGUUGAACCCCGUAGAGAAUCUUAGUCAAUGGCAAGCUUUGAAAUCGAAAGGGAGACCACAAAAACCAUUGAUUUUUAAAGAGCAAAAGGAGAAUUUGUCUCUGAAUACCAAAUCAUUAAAACACAAGAACUUGAAUCAAGAAACAUCAGUAGACGCCAAGGGCAAAAGGGUAAUUUGGCAGAAUACCUUAAAACUGGAGUCUAGUGGGUAUGUUUUGUGGGUAUGGACCAUGGAGGAUAAGAAGAUGCGCACAACCAAAUCUGAAAUCUCUGAAUUUGUUUUCCGGACCCGGUUAAACCUCGUCUCGAAAGAAGAACAUUGUAUCUUGUCCGUGGGGGGCACUGAUGAUUAG